GAAUUGGCAUUUCGUCGAACCAAGUUGAACUUAUGGGUAGCAAAUUGUAGCGACGUGGCGAUAUUAUAAUCCCUGGCGAUUUCGCGAUGCGACGAUUCCUUCCGCUGGCGCUUUCUUCCUGGCGACGACGAAUUCUGCUAGCGACGACUUUCCGCUGGUGACGGCUCUUUGCGGAGGCGAAGAUCUUCCGCGUUGCGACUCUUCGUUCGCUGGCGUCCAUUCGAGCAGCGAUGAUUGCAACGAUUAUCAGUUUAAUUUGACAAUAUCAGUUCUGCUGAUGCUGCGAUUUUCCUCGCUAGCUUUCAUCUCCGGAAGUAUGUUCCGUUCUGUUGAAGAACUCUUUGCUCUUUAAAUUUCGUAUAUACGACACCGUCCUCGGCCCUGGGUCAGCGUGGUUGAAUUACUGUUGCGAAAUUUUAAUCUCACCUUUUCUUCAUGUUUUCGUGGCCUGAUCGCAGUGCGCUUGACCGCGUCACACUCUCCAUCUCGUGUGCGUUCGUCGCAAGAGUCGCCUCCAGCUCGCCAUCAAGCAACCCACGCGAAUUGCUGUUGGCGAUUGGGGACGGCUUUCUCGCGCGUGCGUCCAUUCAAUUCCAACGACGGUUACAGUCUCCAAGAAGCUUGGACGAGAUUAGGCUAUGCGUCGACCAUGUGGUGCCAUGGCUGCGCGCUUGGACCUCAUCUUCCUGCCUCCUUGAGUCACACGCCGUCACUCAAAGAUAAGUACCUACCGCACCUCGUUUGCUCUCCUAUUCGAUUUCAGCGUUUUGCAUCAUCCUGUUUCACUCGCUGCUCAUUUCGUGGAAUCACUCGUUUUCCUCCUCCUCCCCCCACUUUCGCCCAUGGCGCAUAGGCGUUGAGCUGCGUGCAUAGGGUCUUGUCAACGUCCUGGGUUAGGCUAGAAUCUAGUCUGUAAUUGCAUGCUUGCGUCGCGUCGCGUCCAGUCUGCUUGCUGUUGCUUCGCUUGCGCACAUGUGCCAUGGACGGCCCCCUACCCUCCCCCCUUCCCCCCCCUCAACCCUUCCCUCCAGGGCAGCGCAUGGACGGCAAGGAUGGACGCGGGGAAUCAUGCAAAGGCGGAUUGAGGAGUCCCUUCUACUGCCCUCUCACCUGCAACUCAAGCUGCUUCUGCCAACCUGCACAUACUAGGCUAACUCGUCGCUGGCUCUUCCCCUCUGUUUUGCAGGAGACAUGACGCCUUCUUGCUGCCACCAGUGCGUGAAGGGCUGAACCGGGAGAAGCGCCACCACUAACGGCAGCAAGGGGAGCAUUACAAGAGGCAACACCGGUGGCAGCACUUCCAACAGCAUUGGCGGCAGCGCAAGCAGCAGUGGCUGCACCACCGGUAGCAGCUCCGGCCUCAGCCCUGGCGGCGUUUGGCUGUUUAUGAUUCUCCUCACACAAAUGGACUUCUUCUGAGAUAAGUUCCCUAACCUCCUCACCCUUCUAAGUUGCAUUUAUUCCCAGAAUUGUAGCAUUUCCAUAUGCUCUGCAGUUCUUUACCAUCCACUCAUUUCACCCCCGCCCACUCCCCUCCCCCCACCUCCCCGGCCAUAGCACAUAGGCUUUUGAGCUGCGUGCAUAGGGUCCUGUCUAGGUCCUGGGUUAGGCUAGAAUCUAUUCCGUGCUUGCAUGCUCGCGUCUCCUCCAGUCCUCUUGCUGUUGCUUGCUCGCGCACAUGUGCCAUGGCCGGCCCCCCUCCCCUCCCCCCCUUCCCUCCAGGUCGGCACAUGGAGGGUGCAGGAGCCAAGGCAAGGAUGGUCUUUUGUGCUCCAUCUGCUCGGACAACUUCAAUCAGAGCCAUGGCGACAUUUGUGCCACCAGCAGCGCGUGAAGGGGAGCACUGGGAGCAACACCACGGGCGGCAGCAAGGGGAGCACCCCUGGCAGCACCACCGGGAGCACAGCUGCAGCACACUCGUACAGCGACAACACUGGCUGCUCCAACUGAAGGCUAAGUGCUCCUCGCCCUUUCUUACCUUCUGCUUGCAUGCGUUAUUGCCCUUUCUCUCCACUGCCAUCAAAACCAGCAUCACCAAUGCCAGCCCAGCUCACACGCCACAGACCAUCAUUGCAGGUAACCCCUCAGGCCCCCCUAGGUUAAGCCUUCAGGUCCCCCCAGGUGCCCUUACAGAAUCCCGUGGUCGGUGGCUUGUGGCUGUGGCUACUUUGGUGGGGCCUUCGCUGCUCCCACAGUCUGUUGGUUUCAUGUAUCGUUCCCUGUGCUUCACUUGCUGUUGCAGAGCUCUCAUGCAUUUAGCUCUUAUUUCUGCCACUCCGUUGCCGUGCCCUCCAACCACUCAUCUCGUCUUUCCGUUCCACCCUUCACCCCUCGCAGGUCACUCCGCAGCAGCACUGAAGGGUGCCACUGGGAGCACCACCACUGGCGCCAGCAAGGGGGGAGCACCACUCGCAGCAGCACCCACAGCACCAACGGCAGCAGCAGUGGCAACAGGGGGAGCGCCACCGGGAGCACCACUGGGAGCACCACCUCCUGGCAACACCUUUGAAGGCUAGGUGCUCCUCGCCCUCCUUACACUCUGCAUGCAUGCUUUUUUGUGCUUUCUCUCCACUGAACCCGUUCUCUGCCAUCAAAGCCUGCACUAUCAAUGUUAGCCCAGCUCACACGCCACAGACCAUCAUUGCAGGUAACCCCUCAGGUCCCCCCAGGUUAAGCCUUCAGGUCCCCCCAGGUACCCUUACAGAACACUGUGAUCUGUGGCUUGUGGCUGUGGUUGUGAUCUAUGGCUUCAGUUUUCAAGUCUCCUUUUCAGUGCAGAGUAUCUUGGGCGGCAGUUCCGUCUAAUGCUGAGUAUCUUGGGCCAGCGCAGAAAAGAAGGUUAGUCUCUUUCCCAUCCCUUGGCAUUCCCACUGCUCUAUGGGUCACUCCCUCAUAAUCCGGUAUUUCCUUCCCUUGCACCAUCUCUGCUGGUCCUUGACCUUACCGCCUACCGCGCUCUUACCAUCUCCUCUUUUUUCCAUUGCAGAUGGACGGGGGUUCGGGUUCAGCACCAACAUUUCCCCACGCCCCGUGGGCCAGAGAUUCAGCUGCAGUGCAUUCUACUGCAAGGAAGAGCAUCUGGGGUGGCCUUGCUGCAUCAGGUGAGCGCUCUUCCAACCUGCUGCCGUUUCUGUGAUGAGUAUCUGAUUUGGGUGUUGCUUGCACCACUUUCUGACAAUCAACUCACUUGGCUCCGUGGCAAUUCAUUUGGCUCCAUGGCAACUCACUUGGCUCCGUGGCAACUCAGUUGGCACCAUGGCAACUCAGUUGGCUCCAUGGCAACUCACUUGGCUCCAUGGCAACUCACUUGGCUCCUUGGCAACUCACUUGGCUCCAUGGCAACUCAGCUGGCUCCAUGGCAACUCAGUUGGCUCCGUGGCAACUCAGUUGGCUCCAUGGCAACUCAGUUGGCUCCAUGGCAACUCAGCUGGCUCCAUGGCAACUCAGUUGGCUCCAUGGCAACUCAGCUGGCUCCAGGGCAACUCAGUUGGCUCCAUGGCAACUCAGCUGGCUCCAUGGCAACUCAGUUGGCUCCAUGGCAACUCAGCUGGCUCCAUGGCAACUCAGCUGGCUCCAUGGCAACUCAGUUGGCUCCAUGGCAACUCAGCUGGCUCCAUGGCAACUCAGUUGGCUCCAUGGCAACUCAGCUGGCUCCAUGGCAACUCAGCUGGCUCCAUGGAAACUCAGCUGGCUCCAUGGCAACUCAUUUGGCUCCGUGGCAACUCAGCUGGCUCCAUGGCAACUCAGCUGGCUCCAUGGCAACUCAGCUGGCUCCAUGGCAACUCAGUUGGCUCCACGGCAACUCAGCUGGCUCCAUGGCAACUCAGUUGGCUCCAUGGCAACUCAGUUGGCUCCAUGGCAACUCAGUUGGCUCCAUGGCAACUCAGUUGGCUCCAUGGCAACUCAGUUGGCUCCAUGACAACUCAGCUGGCUCCAUGGCAACUCAUUUGGCUCCAUGGCAACUGCGUUGGCUCCAUGGCAAUUGCGUUGGCUCCAUGGCAACUCAGCUGGCUCCAUGGCAACUCAGCUGGCUCCAUGGCAACUCAGUUGGCUCCAUGGCAACUCAGCUGGCUCCAUGGCAACUCAGUUGGCUCCAUGGCAACUCAGCUGGCUCCAUGGCAACUCAGUUGGCUCCAUGGCAACUCAGUUGGCUCCAUGGCAACUCAGCUGGCUCCAGGGCAACUCAGUUGGCUCCAUGGCAACUCAGCUGGCUCCAUGGCAACUCAGUUGGCUCCAUGGCAACUCAGCUGGCUCCAUGGCAACUCAGCUGGCUCCAUGGCAACUCAGUUGGCUCCAUGGCAACUCAGCUGGCUCCAUGGCAACUCAGUUGGCUCCAUGGCAACUCAGCUGGCUCCAUGGCAACUCAGCUGGCUCCAUGGAAACUCAGCUGGCUCCAUGGCAACUCAUUUGGCUCCGUGGCAACUCAGCAGGCUCCAUGGCAACUCAGCUGGCUCCAUGGCAACUCAGCUGGCUCCAUGGCAACUCAGUUGGCUCCACGGCAACUCAGCUGGCUCCAUGGCAACUCAGUUGGCUCCAUGGCAACUCAGUUGGCUCCAUGGCAACUCAGUUGGCUCCAUGGCAACUCAGUUGGCUCCAUGGCAACUCAGUUGGCUCCAUGACAACUCAGCUGGCUCCAUGGCAACUCAUUUGGCUCCAUGGCAACUGCGUUGGCUCCAUGGCAAUUGCGUUGGCUCCAUGGCAACUCAGCUGGCUCCAUGGCAACUCAGCUGGCUCCAUGGCAACUCAGUUGGCUCCAUGGCAACUCAGCUGGCUCCAUGGCAACUCAGUUGGCUCCAUGGCAACUCAGCUGGCUCCAUGGCAACUCAGUUGGCUCCAUGGCAACUCAGUUGGCUCCAUGGCAACUCAGCUGGCUCCAUGGCAACUCAGUUGGCUCCAUGGCAACUCAGUUGGCUCCAUGGCAACUCAGUUGGCUCCAUGGCAACUCAGCUGGCUCCAUGGCAACUCAGCUGGCUCCAUGGCGACUCAGCUGGCUCCAUGGCAACUCGGCUGGCUCCAUGGCAACUCAGUUGGCUCCAUGGCAACUCAUUUGGCUCCAUGGCGACUCAGCUGGCUCCAUGGCAACUCAGCUGGCUCAAUGGCAGCUCAGUUGGCUCCAUGGCAUCUCAGCUGGCUCCAUGGCAGCUCAGUUGGCUCCAUGGCCGCUCAGUUGGCUCCAUGGCAGCUCAGUUGGCUCCGCGAAUCACAUUCCUUCCUUGAACUCCCAUCCCCUCCCUUCCCUCCCCUGAUGCUGCUGCUCACUUGGGUGCAUGAGGGGGCAUGGAAUACUGCAGCAGAGCCGUCAAGGGGCAAGGGAGAGUAUCUGGGAUUCGCGGCUGCAUGAGGUCACUUGGCAGCACCAGGCAAAGACUGCAGCAGCACCCGUAGCAGAGAAGCAGCCGCAGCAGCAGCAGCAGCAAUUUUGGGCAGCAGGGCAGCUGCAGGGAUAGGGUAGUUAGACGGCAGGCUAGGGGGUGAGUUGUGAGAGAGGUACAGGUAUGGUGUGGUAUGGUAUGGUAUGCUCACACCCCCUCCUUCUCCCCCCCCCCUGCCCUCCCUACAGCGUCACACCCAUGGUGGACUGGAGCAAGAGGAGGAGCAGAGGGAGAGCUGGUCACUCCCCCCCCUUACUCCCAAUCCCGCUUCCCCACAGUGCUACACCCCGUGGUGCACUGCAGCAAGUUGCGGAGCAGAGGAGAGCUCGUCACUUCCCCCCCCUCUCUCCCUCCGACUUCCUCCUUUUCCUCCCACUUCCCCUUUCCCCAUCAGCUUCACACUCCAUGGAGCAGGAGGGAGGAGAGUUGGUCCUUCUCGCACUCCCCCUCUCACUUCCCCCCUCCCCUUCCCCAGCAGCUUCACACAUCGCUUGCAUCUGCUUGGCUGUGGUAAGUUGAGGUAAGCUGAGGGGAUGGAGGUG